AUGGGAGCUGUCUCGGCUAUUCUCAUCGUCCUCAUAACCAUCCUUUUCCCUCCGAUUGGCGUCUGGGCCGUCGCUGGAUGUGGCGCCGAUCUUCUUAUCAACAUCUGCCUCACCAUCCUUGGAUACGUCCCAGGUCAUAUACACGCCUUCUAUCUCGAGUACGUCUACUAUGACCGUCGAGAACAGGCCAGAGAGGGCCGCUAUGCCGCCAGACGAGCUACCGGUGUGUACAGCGACCGCGUGCAAACCGGUGGCUACGGGUACGGCACGAUGGUUCCGCCGGGUACUCAUUAA